UGAAACAUUCGUGGGCGUGGCUGACACUGGCAUGUCCCGCCUCCUGGCCGGUCUGCAGAUUCGCACACAAAUACAGUUGAGUGUUUGAUAAAAAUGCACUCAGAUGCGACAAAUUUUCAGCUGAACUCCCACUUGUCCACACUGGCCAGCAUCCACAAGAUCUACCACACAUUGCACAAACUGAACCUGACUGAGGACGUUGGCCCAGACACUCACUCCACAGCCUGUUGCUCCAAAGCCAUGCCCCCGAGGAAAAAGAGGAGGCCCACUGCAGGAGAUGACCUGUCUGCAAAGAAGAGCCGCCAGGACAAUGUCUACAGAAGACAGGAGUCAUCACAUAUCCAGGAAGCCGAAGCUUUCUCCAGUAAGAGAUGUCUGGAGUGGUUUUAUGAGUAUGCAGGUUGUGAUGACGUGGUUGGACCAGAAGGCAUGGAGAAGUUCUGUGAAGAUAUUGGAGUGGAACCAGAGAAUGUGGUGAUGCUGGUAUUGGCUUGGAAACUGAAUGCUCAGAGUAUGGGCUACUUCACCCUGCAGGAGUGGCUUAAAGGAAUGGGUUCACUGCAAUGUGAUUCAACUGAAAAACUCAGGAACUCUCUAGACUACCUGAGGUCGAUCCUCAAUGAUGCCACGAGUUUUAAGCUCAUUUACCGAUACGCCUUUGACUUCGCCCGGGAGAAGGAUCAGAGGAGUUUAGAUUUAAACACUGCCAAGUGCAUGCUGGGACUUCUACUGGGGAAAACCUGGCCACUAUUUCCUGUGUUUAACCAGUUUCUAGAGCAAUCCAAGUAUAAAGUAGUAAAUAAAGACCAGUGGUGCAAUGUUCUAGAGUUCAGUAGGACCAUUAACUUGGAUCUCAGCAACUAUGAUGAGGACGGGGCUUGGCCAGUUUUGUUGGAUGAGUUUGUGGAGUGGUACAAAGACCGAGAGAUGUCAUAGCAACAACCGUCAUUGCCUCUACCAUCACCAACAUCUAGAAACUAAUCGGCAACAGGCACCGUGGCAUCAGUGAAAGAAUUGACUUAGAAAUGGUCCUUACAAACAAAACAUACCCGGACCAGGUGGGGCAAACUGUAGGUAUCCUGCCAGUGAAUUGUGUGUGUGUGUGUGUGUGUGUGUGUGUGUGUGUGUGUGUGUAUGAAAGUGUGUAAGUGUGUGUGAGUGAAAAAGUGUCAGCGUUUCAUAGUGUAACGUUCACAUGUUGCCCUUCUCAUAAGGGUUAUGUGUGAGCGUCAACACUGAUGAUAAAUAGGUAAAACAGCACCUCAGCCCUAAAUUCUCACCUGAUGUCCUGACCAACCUGCAGUGCAUCAUGGGAAAGCACAUGGCCAAGCUCAGUGCCGCUUCCUGCCACCCUACUGUGACGUGUCUAACUGUGAAUGUUUGAAUGGGUGUUCAAGAGGGGUGAUCUGUGAUAUCCCACAUGGUAGGGUAACUCCUAAAUCCCUAAAUAGUUCCCUUCUUAUCCUAGGUGAUUAAACAUCAUGGGGUCUCAUUUAAAACACAAACACGUAUAAAAAUAAUCUAUAAUGACGAUUUUAAAAAAUCUGUCUUGUAAAUGAGUCAAAAUAGCCAUUGCUGCUGAUUAUGAUCUGAAGUACAGUGACCAAACAUCAGAUCCUCACCUGUUACAUUACAUUAAAUCAUUAAAAAGUCUCACUUAUUACAGUGUGUAGUUAAAAAAAAAAAAAAAAAAAAAAGUCAUUCCUUUAAAAAACUGAUUAAAAGUUAUCACAAUGGACAGUGGCGUUUCAUUAACUGUGAAUUAUAAAUGAUAAAAGUGCUAAAUCGGCCCUCCUUACAGAAUAUUUUCUGAACUGCUCAUUGCUAUGUCUUUGUACAGAUUAACUUAAACUGAUAAAUUACACAGGGUAAUUAUUAUAAGUUUAUCAUAUUUAAUAACUACCUGCCAUUGAGCUUUUUUUCCCCCUAAAAUAUGUAUUUGACUUCUUUUAUUUAUCAUCGUUCUUCCUCGUUUAGUCCGCAUCUUUAAAUAGCACAUAACUGAACUAUGUGCGUUAUUGCUGUAAAGUUUCAGACUUCGCCUCACGUGGUUGCUGUUCUCGAGAAAGAAUGCCAGAGGAGGUGACUGUUAAAUAGUGACUUUUAUCCUUUGUUGUCUUUUGAGGUAUUGAGUUUGGGGGCAUGACACAGAAGUGCAAAUCUGAGGUUCUCUGUUAGAGACAGAUCUCUUCUCUAUGUCCUUGGUAUUACAGACGAAGCAAUGGUUGUAAAAAAGUGGAGGCUAAAGAUAUUUGUGUUCUUCAUGUGAUUAAGUAAUGUAACAGGAUUUUGUUAACCAUACAAAAGUUAUGAUAUUUCUUGGGCAAUAUAGUAAAAAUCUUCUAGUGUGCCAACGUUAAGAGAGGAUUAUUGUUAUUAAGUAGUUUUGCUGUCAUUCUUAUCUCAUUGUUAUUUUUCCUUAGUGCACCAAUUAUUUAAGACAGCAUUGUUAAAGGGAGUUAAAAUGCUCGUAUUGGACAAGUAAGAGAUUUAAGGCUAGAAAUAAAAAAAAAAUCUGCAGAUUGCCCUUCCUUGGUCACUCCAAUUCUACGGAUGAAGUUACUAUCAGAGCUGUAUGUUUCAUUGCCCCUCUGUUUUACGCAUUGGUGUGCCCAUAUAGUUUCAUGCUCUCCAGUAGAAUCUACAUGGAUACUUCGACUCAAGCCGAUUUACUUUAAUGGAUCACCCACAGACACGGUUUUUCUCUUCCUGUUGUUCCAAACAAGUGUUCCUUCAAUUCACGUAUUACGCAGAUAAAAUGGCAUGAUGAGGCUGUCCCUUGAAGUGGAAGGGACAUGUGAUGGGAAACAAGCUUCCACAGCAAGACCUUAAGCCCAUAGUGACUGUUGCAUAGCAACUGUUUAACAUUCUAGAUACAUUUGUAAAAUGUUCAGUUUUGUCUCUGGCUGUGGUGUGAAGCUAACUUGUCAUCUGAGUGGACAAAAAAGUGCAUGCGUACUUCAUGCAGAGCUGUCUGAGUAUAAAUGAUUUUUAUUUUUUUGUAAAUGUUACGGUUCUUUUUCCUUUUUUGUACAGGUAUUUGUGAAUUUAUUGUGCUUAUUUUUUUUUUCCACAGCCAUGGAGUCAUUGUUUUAUGAAAAUCAUGAUUGUCAUGGUAUCUAACGCUUAAAUACACUUUCAACCUCAUUUGCUGAA